GGUGAACGAGUAAUGAUCUUGGCUGUGAUUGGUGGACCGCGUCUCAACCGGGGGGGAACGCCUUUGCACCAGUAAUUUUGACCACGAUAUUUACAAGUGCUAGGAAUCACUAUGGCUGAGACCAAGAUGUGGUGCAUGCAUUCAAAAGCUGACAAGGAGAAAUAUAACGAGGAAGGCGUCUCAACAGUUACCUCUGAUGAACAGAUGAGGGUGGAACGAAGUGUAGCUGCUAUAUUUAACUACUAUUUAAACACUGAAAAUGAUGCAAAGGAACCUGUAUUGCAUCGUGAAAAACAUAUUAUGUAUUUAAAGAAAGGACUUAAAAAUCUUCCUGAAGGAUUUGUGACGUUGGAUGCAAGUCGUCCGUGGUUAGUGUAUUGGGCUGUACAUGCUUUAGAACUUCUAGAUGUGAGUCUGACAGAUGAUGAAGCUACUGGCAUUAUAGACUUCUUGAAGCAUUGCCAGAACCCAACAGGUGGCUUUGGAGGUGGCCCAGGCCAGUAUUCUCACUUAGCACCAACAUAUGCUGCUGUUAAUGCUCUUGUCAUUAUUGGCACACAGGAAGCUUAUGAUGCAAUUAAUAGAGAAAAGCUUCAAGAAUUUUUAUGGAAAAUGCAUACUGAUGAAGGAGCAUUUCGUAUGCAUGAAGGUGGAGAAGUGGACAUUCGUGGAGCUUACUGUGCUGUGUCCGUUGCUCGACUUACUAAUAUAUAUACAGACCAACUUUUUUCUGAGACUGCUCACUGGAUAAUGCGGUGUCAGUCAUACGAGGGAGGAUUUAGUGGGACCCCAGGCAUGGAGGCUCACGGAGGCUACACUUUCUGUGGUUUGGCUGCCCUUACCCUUCUCCAUGCACACGACCUCUGCGACACACCAGCACUCUUGAGGUGGGCAGUAAACCGUCAAAUGCGCUUUGAGGGAGGUUUUCAAGGUCGCACCAAUAAACUGGUGGAUGGUUGCUACUCUUUUUGGCAAGGAGGAUUAUUCCCAAUUCUGCACACACUUCUUACUCAGGAAGAUGCAGUAAAUAUCAGUGCAGAGCACUGGAUGUUCCAGCAGGAGGCACUUCAAGAAUAUUUAUUACUUUGCUGCCAGCAUCAACGAGGAGGACUGAUUGACAAGCCUGGAAAGGGGCCCGAUUUCUAUCACACAUGUUAUACGUUAAGUGGCAUGUCUGUAGCGCAACAUUUCUCCACUGCUGCAAUACAUAAAAAGUGUGUUGUGGGUCACCCCUCCAAUGAAUUGGUGGUGGUGCACCCUUUGUACAAUAUAGGUGUUGAGUCGGCUGUAUCAGCCACACAGCAUUUUAAUAACUUGCCAGUGCUAAAGAUCACUGAAUCAAACUCCAAUACCACAAAUCAAGAAUCACAAGUUCAGACGUAAGGGUGAGUCUUCGUGUAGAGGUGUAUUACUUAAUAUAUUUUUAACCUUUCUUAGGAUACAUCUGAAUGAAGAAGCCAGAAAUAGUGUAAAUAUUGUGUAAAAAGAAAUACGGUUUGUCUAAGAUCUUCUGAAAUCAAGCAGUGAUAUUAUGAAAUUUAACUUGACAAAUAAGAUAUCAGCUUAAAUAUACAUGGAAUGAGCAACAUUUCUUGUAACAGUUUUAUCACCAACAUAUUACACUGGAGCUUUGUUUAAGAAAAGGUUAGCAGUUUGACACAUCAAAUAUUAAUAUUUCUGUUGGAUUUCGACAGAGUAAUGUCAGUUUAAUGCAAUCCUUAAUGGUAUUUGGAUUUUGUAUCUUUAUAUAUACAGGCACACCUCCAAAGUGUGGAUUAUGUAAUUACAAACCAGAUCCAGAGUUGCAUGAAAUUUGGAUUUCUGGAUAAUUAGCCUCUUUGGUCUGUUUGUCACCAAAUUUUCCAGAUGUUUCUUAUAGGAAGUGAUACAAUAAAUCUUUGUGCAUAUUUAAACAUGAAACCAUUAUUUAUAUAUUGUGCCUAUAAAUAAUAAUCUUGCAAACAAAUCCAACAGGCUUGUGGUCACUUAACAGUUAAUAGCACAGUCUGGUUUUGAUAAGAGGCAGAAAAAUGCAUUUAUAGCACUGUCAAGAUGACUGUUAAACUUGUGCAGUUGCCCUGAACUGGCCUUGAAGCUCUAGAUGCCCCUGGUUAAUACCAGUCUCUCAGCUUAAGACUAGCUGUUCACCCCAGACUACAGUGCUUCAUAAAUCUUUGGUAAGCCACAUCAUCUAAAUCCUCAUGGUUAAAAGGUUUCAAUGUUUCUGGAUUGGCCAAACAGUAGCUCCCUGUAGCUAGCUGCACAAGAGGUACAGUAGUUCCACAUCAGCCCUUAAUAAUCUACCAGAGAACAGUGGGUGUCAGGUUUGGGGAGCCAAAACCUAGCCCCCCACUCACAGAGGCACAGGGAGUAGGGGAUUCAUAAUCAACCUCACUGAAGAAACAAACCCCCUCAGAAGGAAAGGAAGCAAAGCAAAGUAGACAACUGCCAGGUUCGCAAAACAUAAAGAGACAAUGCAGCAAACAACUCGGCAAACAAUCCACCAAGCAGUUAAGUCAUACACCCCACAGCAACAGCUGACCACCACCAUGGAAGCUCUCUCACCUGAUAUUUGAUCUUGUAUGAUCAUUUCACUAGUCAAUUCUUUGGGUCCCAGAUUUUCUAGAUAAGUGUUAGCAAUCCUUUGGAGUCUGUCCUGUGGGGAGCCCAUUGGCUUGUACAGUAUAUUGUUUCAUUCUUUAGUAUUUGCUUCCCAUGCUUGUGUUUACAAGACUCAGUUGUUGUGUGAACUUUGGAAAUUGUUUGCUUCUAGCAGCAUGUGCCUAGGGCAGGACUUUCCUAGGUACUUGCUGGUGUUGCCCCUGCCCUAAUAAGAUGCUUUCCUGGUGAGUUCCAUUGUUCAUUCCUUAGAGGCUGGCCUUCUGUGGAGGGUGCCUCACCCUGAGCAGUGCAAGGGUCUUUGUCUCCUCUGCAAGGCUCUGAGGUCAAGGGAGUUCAGUUGUUGUUUAAGGAGUGCACCAGCAUUCACAUGCUUGUACAUACAGCACACUGCUGACAUUCUUCAUAACCAAGUUUUUCUUAAGGACUGCAUUCAGUGAAUUUUCUUUUGGCGUGUGUCGUUUGUGCCUACAUGUCCUGCUUGGUCUUUACUUUCAUGCUUUAGUAAGGAUGUCUUAACGUUCUUGCAGACGGUCUCCCAUUUUCGGCCUACUUCUGUGGACUGAACUAUUGAAAAUGUGUUCUUCUCUUGGCUCUGCCAGGCAUUUGGGGGUUCCUGAGAUGGACCUCUUUAUGUCAGCAUGGAACCAGUAGGUUUCUGUCCUGUGUGUCUCAAUUUCCUGUUCACAAUGCUCUCAUGGUUGAUGCCUUGCAGCUGGUCUGUUUUGAGGUUAGAGGGAGGGUUCCUUCUCUCUUCCUUUCGGUUCAACUGUUGCUCUGGGGUUUAUCCAGACUGGAGAUAUUCAAUGGCCGGGUGAUUCUUCUGGCUCCUUAGUGGCUUUCUCAGCUUUAGUUUCCAGCCCUUCUGACUCGGAGUCUGAAUCUGGGCAUUUUUUACAGCUUUGCCUCUUAACAGAUUAAUCUGGAGACCUCCUGACUGGUUUGAGGUUCUUUUCUGCUCUUUGAGUGGAGUUUCUGCCUCUGGUCUUUCAUUAUCUGUGUGGUGCGCAGAUCGCUGUGCUUUUCCCCUCUCUCACCUGCACAAUUCAUCACAGUGGCAAUAUGAGGUUUCAUUGCACUGUUUUUGUCUCUCUAUCAUUUGUCUUCUGUUUUAGUUUUGUUGUUCCUAUGCUUUUUGUCUUUGUUGUGUGUUGAUUUUCAUACUGUUGCCUCUUAUUGUUUGGCAUUGGCUGAGCCAUUUUUGUUGGCUUUUGGUGACAAUACUGCCUCUGUGCUGUUUAGUCAGUUGUCUCAUGUGUUUUUCACCUUUUUCACCUUUCACCUUUUUUCUUCUCCUGGGUCAUUUUGGUCUCUGGAUCGAGUGCUGGUUUUUCUUGUCUCUUUGGUUCUCGGUCACCCCUUCAAUCUGUGACUCCUUUUUAGGAUCAAUAUUUGUGUUGUUCCUUGCUUCUGGUUGUGGGGUUGGGGAGCUUCUUGCUCUCCUCCAGAAGUGUGGGUUUUGUUCUUUUGGCCUUAUUGUGCAGUUUCUUCAUUUGCUGUUGCCUUCUUUUUUAGUUCUAAGACAGUUGGCUUCUGGAGGGUUCUUUGGGUUGUUCACCCGAGGUGCAUUGUUUAUUGUGUCCAGUUGCAGCAGUUUGCAGUGUAGUACCUUCUAGUCAGUUCUGUCCUCAGAUCCAUAUUGUUCAGUGAUUUGCAGCUUUGACUGCUGUAUUUUAUGAUUUGCCUUGAGUCAAUAUCCAAGCUCGGAUGUUUUGAAAGUCAACUGGGGUCCUGGCGGCUCAUUAUCUAGCCAGUGUGCCUGGUCCCCUUUGAGACCAAAAUCUUGGGUAGAGUUUUUCCCUGGGUAGAGUUUCCCUCCCCUUAAGGGGUUUGACCUUUGCUUUCCCCCAUCCUUGGUAAGCUCAAUUCUCUCUCUCUUCUGUGGAACCACUAUUUGGCCCCUUCAGAAAACAAUCAAUGAAUGUAAUGAAAUGCCUUUUUCUAGGGGAGGAAGGGGGUCUCAGAGGCUCCCUGGACCCUCCCCUCCCACCAAAUGCAUUGGUUGGUUUCCUGUAGGAACCAAGCUGAGGCAUUGUUGACAUGGGGAGUUGGCAAGUUCUGUGGUGCUGCCACUUGGAGGUGGUCAACUACUAGAGGGAGUAUGAUCUAACUACCGGGUGGAUUGUUUGUUGCCAUAUUUGUGUACCAUCUAUGACACCCUUGCAGUUGUGUGUUUUGUUUCACUUCCUUUCUGAGUGUUUGUUUCUUCGGUGAGGGUGAUCACGAGUUCUCUGUUCCCCCGUGCCUCUGUGCAGGGUGCCAGGUUUAGGCUUCUGGUCUGAGGUAGGCUUUUAAAGACUCGCAAGGGCUGAUGUGACCUACAGGUGUGGACCUAUCCGAAUGUGGCUAGCUACUGGGAGCCACCAGAGACCCCACCUUUGCCCGUCAGAAAAAUCCCUUUUUUUUUUUUUUUCUUUAUAUCCAAUGCUGGUUUUGUUGCCAGUUUUUUGUACAUCACUGCUCUUUUAUGCAAAGUAUAUGAUCUGCUUCCUUAGUCUUUAAUGUUAAAAUCAGCACUAGUACCAAUCUGCUAUCCACAUUUCUAUAAAUGCAUUACUGUAUUUUGACUAAUUUUUACAAAUGCAAAAGCAAGACAAGUAAAAAU